UCUAGGGGUCCGCGUUCGGUAAAUCUAGCCGCAUUUCGUUUUUCCUUUUUCUUUUCAUCCAUGCCCGAUAAGAUCUUUCUAAAUUGAGCAUUAUUUUGAAUCUUUUCCGUUACAACAUAGCGAUUUUUUCUCCUUUCCAUUGCCAGAAUUGGGAUUGUGAAGAAGAUACGCGGAGAGAGAGAGAGAGAUGGGAAGAAAGGAUGAACAUAGGCCUUUGGGAAGCUGAUAGAUCAAAAGAGAGCUGCAGAAACGCCGGCCGGGUUCUUUGAUCUGGAAUACCUGAUAGAUCAAAAGAGGGCUCCAGAAACAUCGGCCGGGGUCCAUUUUCUGGAAACCCCCGUGCCAAAUUGAGAUUUUGAUCGUCUUCCGUCAAUCCCCGCCGGGUUUCUUGUCUGGUUUUGAGGGUGGGGGUGUGGUUUUACAUUUAUCGAGGAAGAUUUGGGGUUUCAGUUUUAUAAGAAAACUUUCUUUUUGAAAGAAAGGGUGAUUUUUUCUUUCAUGAAGGUCAGAAGCUAGGAAACCAUUAGGUUCGUCUCUGGAUUUCAACCUUCUGAAGAAUAAAAUUCUGCUAUUAGGCUUGAUGCAUCUCCUUUUUCCGUCUGCAGCCUGGUUUUAUAAUUGGGGGAAAAGCGUGGCACUUUCUGCUUCUUCCUUAUGGGCUGCAUUUGCUCGAAAGGAAUUGAAACAGAAGAAAUUGCUGAGGACUUAAACAAGGGGUCAAGAAAAUCCUUAAAACAGCUUGUUACUCAUUCACAGAAGGAUGCUGCUUUGUUCAUUGAAGCUGAAGCUGCUGCUACUAGAAGCAUUGGGGCCAGCACGAGACCUGCAGUUAAGCUACUAGAGAAUUUGAUGCCCCCUUUUCCUAGACAAUCUAAUGGAGGUGAGAAGAAUAGUGUGGUUGUCUCUUCAGAUAGAACAGGGAUGUCUGUCGGGCACCAGAGAAACAGGACUGUUGAUGCCAGAGUGAAUGGUGAAAAUCUUCAAUCAAAUAUAUUGACUACGAAGGGCAAUGGUGGGUCGAACUCAGGGAUCUUCGAUGUGCCAAAUGGUUUUUCCGGUGAGCAUGUGGCUAUUGGUUGGCCGGCGUGGCUCAUCAGUGUUGCACCAGAAGCAGUGAAUGGUUGGCUGCCUCGAAGGGCAGAUUCAUUUGAGAAAUUAAAUAAGAUUGGACAGGGAACUUAUAGCACUGUGUAUAAAGCUCGCGACCUUCAAACUGGAAAAAUGGUUGCUCUCAAGAAAGUGCGUUUUGUUAAUAUGGAUCCCGAAAGUGUUCGUUUCAUGGCAAGAGAAAUUCAUAUUUUGCGUAAACUCGAUCAUCCUAAUAUUGUAAAGCUCGUCGGAAUAGUUACAUCAAGAAUGUCAUGCAACUUAUAUCUUGUAUUUGAAUAUAUGGAUCAUGAUCUUGCCGGACUUGCUUCAACACCCGGCAUCAAGUUCACCGAGCCACAGAUUAAGUGCUACAUGCAACAACUAUUUCGUGGGCUUGAAUACUGCCAUAGCCAUGGAAUUUUACAUCGAGAUAUCAAGGGCUCUAAUCUUCUGAUUGACAAUGAUGGCAUCCUUAAAAUAGCGGAUUUUGGCCUGGCAACAUUUUUCAAACCUGGCCAGAAUCAGUCCUUAACAAGCCGUGUUGUGACUCUAUGGUAUCGGCCUCCUGAGCUCUUGUUGGGUGCCACUGAAUAUGGUGUUGCUGUUGAUUUAUGGAGUAGUGGUUGUAUCCUUGCAGAAUUACUUGUUGGAAAGCCAAUCAUGCCAGGAAGAACUGAGGUAGAACAAUUGCAUAAAAUUUUCAAACUCUGUGGAUCUCCUCCAGAAGACUAUUGGAGAAAACCAAAGUUGCCCCAUGCUACUAUUUUCAAACCUCAGCGUCAAUACCCUCGCCGAAUUGAAGAGACAUUCAGGGAUUGCCCUCCGUCAACUUUGGCUCUUCUUGAUACUCUUCUUGCAAUUCAACCAGAGGAUCGAGGAACUGCAUCUUCUGCCCUUCAAAGCAAAUUUUUCACAACAAAUCCUCUAGCCUGUGAUCCUUCAAGCUUGCCCACAUAUCCACCUAGCAAGGAGUAUGAUGCUAAGCUUCGGGAUGAGGAAGCUAGAAGGCAAAGAGCUGCAGCUCGCGAAAAUAAAGUUGCAGCUGACCACAAACCUAAGCCAGGGCAGGAUGCUAAUGGGAACCUGCAGAGAUGGCAAGGCCAAACAAAUCCCAAAAGCGCAAGUGAUAAGUACAGAGCUCUAGAAGAAGCUGGGUCAGGGUUUCCCAUUGAUCCUCCCAGAGUAGCUCAGAAUGACUUACCUAACUCUAAUUCAACAAUGCACACAAGUGCAUUUGGAUCCUCAUGGAUUAAGAAAGAUGAUAUGAGGAUGAUUAAUCGUGCAUCCAGUACUGUUUUGGUACCGAAUGGUGCUCAGUUGAGAUCACAGAAAUCUUGCAUACCUCCAAGUGGUGGCGUGGAGUUCGCCAAUACAAGUAGUAUGAGCUCCCGGCAUGGUAGGCUUGAUGCUGCUGAGCCGAAGGAGAAGCAGCGUGUGCUAGAUAGAACUUUCUCUACUCAAAAGAGAGAUGUAAUGACUGGAGGCCAGGAAACUACUAUAGGUUAUGGUGGCAAAAGCAGAAAAAUCCAAUACUCAGGGCCAUUAAUGCCCCCUGGUGGGAAUAUGGAAGAGUUGCUGAAAGAGCAUGAGAGGCAAAUCCAGCAAGCUGUCCGAAAAGCUCGGCUUGAUAAGGUCAAGACCAAGAAGCACUUAUAGUGUGAACCUGUCUGAAGCCUUUCUUCCCUAACAUAAACUGGAGUUUUAGGCUUCAUUUGGGACGGUUUUCUUUCUGCUUCUUAAAGCAGCUUUUCAGUAAAAUUUUGUACUAAAAACCUGCUUUAAGAAGCAUAAAUAAAACUAUCCUAAACAAAGCCUUAAUGCUCAAGAAUCUUAUCUAGGCCAAUGUAAAUGUUCUUUGUAAGUGAA